AUGAAACCCUGGGAGUCCACGUUGCUGGUGGCCUGGUUUGGUGUCCUGGGCUGCGUGCAGGCUGAAUUCUUCACUUCUAUUGGACACAUGACAGACCUGAUUUAUGCAGAGAAGGACCUGGUGCAGUCUCUGAAGGAGUACAUCCUGGUGGAGGAAGCCAAGCUCUCCAAGAUUAAGAGCUGGGCCGACAAAAUGGAAGCCCUGACCAGCAAGUCAGCUGCUGACCCUGAGGGCUACCUGGCCCACCCUGUGAAUGCCUAUAAACUGGUCAAGCGGCUAAACACGGACUGGCCUGCGCUGGAGGACCUUGUCCUGCAGAACUCAGCCGCAGAUUUUAUUGCAAACCUGUCAGUGCAGCGACAGUUCUUCCCCACCGAUGAAGAUGAAACAGGAGCCGCCAAGGCCUUGAUGAGACUUCAGGACACAUACAAACUGGACCCAGAUACAAUUUCCAAAGGGGACCUUCCAGGAACCAAGUACCAGGCCGUGCUGAGUGUUGACGACUGCUUUGGGAUGGGCCGCUCGGCCUACAAUGAAGGCGACUAUUACCACACGGUGUUGUGGAUGGAACAGGUACUAAAGCAGCUCGAUGCUGGGGAGGAGGCCACCACAUCCAAGGCCCAGGUGCUGGACUACCUGAGCUAUGCCGUCUUCCAGCUGGGUGACCUGCACCGUGCCGUGGAGCUCACCCGCCGCCUGCUCUCCCUUGACCCGAGCCAUGAACGAGCUGGAGGGAAUCUGCACUACUUUGAAAGGUUGUUGGAAGAAGAAAGAGAAAAAAUGUUAUCGAAUCACACAGAAGCUGAGCUCGCAGCCCAGCAAGGCAUAUAUGAGAGGCCUGUGGACUACCUGCCCGAGAGGGAUGUCUACGAGAGCCUCUGUCGUGGGGAGGGUGUCAAACUGACCCCCCGAAGGCAGAAGAGGCUCUUCUGUAGGUAUCACCAUGGCAACAGGGUGCCGCAGCUGCUCAUCGCCCCCUUCAAGGAGGAGGAUGAAUGGGACAGCCCACACAUCGUCAGGUACUACGACGUCAUGUCUGACGAGGAAAUCGAGAGGAUCAAGGAGAUUGCGAAACCCAAACUUGCACGAGCCACUGUUCGUGAUCCCAAGACAGGUGUGCUCACUGUCGCCAGCUACAGGGUUUCCAAAAGCUCCUGGCUGGAGGAGGAUGAUGACCCUGUUGUGGCUCGGGUGAAUCUGCGGAUGCAGCAUAUCACAGGGCUAACAGUGAAGACUGCAGAAUUGUUGCAGGUUGCUAAUUAUGGAAUGGGAGGACAGUAUGAGCCACAUUUUGACUUCUCCAGGAAAGAUGAGCAAGAUGCUUUCAAGCGUUUAGGGACGGGGAAUCGUGUGGCCACGUUCUUAAACUACAUGAGUGAUGUAGAAGCUGGUGGUGCCACCGUCUUUCCUGAUCUGGGGGCUGCCAUUUGGCCUAAGAAGGGCACAGCUGUAUUCUGGUACAACCUCCUGCGGAGUGGGGAAGGUGACUACCGAACAAGACAUGCUGCCUGCCCCGUGCUUGUGGGCUGCAAGUGGGUCUCCAAUAAGUGGUUCCAUGAACGAGGACAGGAAUUCUUGAGGCCGUGUGGAUCGACAGAAGUUGACUGA